UUGUAAAGGUCUUGUUGAUGUUGGGUUUAAUCAACCUGCACUAGCCCCUCUCGCAAAUUCCAUCUCCCCAACUGAUGAUGAUGAUAAGGAAGAAGAAGAAGAAUCAGAAGAAGGGGGAUUAUUAUGUGGAGUGGCCUUCUGUGGGGAAGGAAGAUGCCAAGGUUCAAAGGAAGUCCCAUUUGUGGAAUGCAUUUGCAAUGAAGGCUGGACCAACCUUAAUCAGGAUACUCACUACCCUUGUGUUCUUCCCAAUUGUCUGUCUUCUUCUUCUUCUUAAAGUUAUUCAUGUGCGCGGUUGGUUUUCAGUGUGGAAAUGGAAGUGCGCCGCCGCCUCCACGGCCACUUGUGGGGCUAAAUAUUUCUGACCCUUGCAGGAUCAAUAUUUGCUGGCCGGAGGGAAGCUGCGAGAGAGAAGGUUCUGAUCACAAGUGCCAAUGCUCUGAUGGCUCCGAUAAUCUUCUCGGCAAUCCUAAGCUUCCUUGUUUCAAGAAAUGCAGUUUAGGAGCAGAUUGUAACGGUCUUGGUCUUGGGUUUAAUCAACCUCCGCCUUCACCACCACCUCCUACAAAAUCUGACUCUCCAACAAAUGGAGACAUGGUGAAUGAAUUAGGCAAACUCUAUAUGCCAUCUGUGAUAGUAUUAGCAGCCCUAGUACUAAUUAAUUAGCAUAUGAUGAUCAAAUACCAAUCAGCAUAUAUCAUCAUUUACUUAUGAGAUAAUAAAAUUUUAAUCAUUCAAUUUUACUUCAAUUAUCAA